AUAAAGCAUGAAAAUGAGCAAAAUCUUCUCUAUAAAAGAGUUAUGUGGGAAGCCUAAAUUCUCACCAAAAUUUGCCUGAUCCUUUUCCAAUUUUUCAGCUAUUAGGUGUUUGAGUGUAGAGACAAUCAUUUUCCAAGAAAAAGAAAAAGAAAAUGCAAUCUUCUCUCGUUGGUAAGCUGGAGACAAACAUAGAAAUCAAAGCUGCAGCUUCAAAGUUCCAUGAAAUCUUCAAGCACCCACAUCGUAUUUCCAAUAUCUCCCCUAAUUUUGUUCAGAGUUGUGAACUCCUUCAAGGUCAAUGGGGUACCGAGGGGUCUGUCAUCUUCUGGAAAUAUUUUCUCGAUGGGAAACACAGCGUUUCCAAGGAGUUGAUGGAGGUCGUAGAUGAUAAGAACAAAUCCCUUACAUUUAAGGUGAUAGAAGGAGACCUGUUGAAGCACUACAAGAACUUCAAGUUCAUUUUGAAAACAACCCCAAAAGGUAGUGAUCAGCAGGGCAACGUAGUGCAAUGGACUCUGGAAUACGAGAAGCCGCACAAUGGAAUUGUAGACCCUCACUCCAUGAUUCAGGUGUUGAUUAAAGUCUCCAAAGAUAUUGACAUUCACCUUAUAAACACCCCUUAAUUGAUAGAUAAGCUCCAUAUCCCAUUCCCUAGGAGAUUUACUAUGUAUGCUAAAUAAUUCCCUAGGAGAUUUGCUAAAAGCAUUCGCCAGGAGAUUUACCAAGUAAUUUGUAAUAAAGCAGCGUACCGGGUUGCUGAAAAAUUCCCUAGGGGAUGUAGUUGUAUGUGUGUUUUGUGCAAUAAAUGUUUUAUGUGGUAAAUAAUGUGUAAUUAAG